AUGUAUGAAUUAGAUAAACUGUAGAUCUAGUUUGUUGGUAUGAACUAAGUUUAGAAUAACAGAAAAAACCUAAUCAAUUAAUCAACAAAAAUCUUAAAUAAGAAUCUGAAAAUUUUAAAAUAGAAUGAAAAUGAUUCGAAUUUCUAAUGUUAUAAAGUAGGUCAUCAUUGUAAAAUGUUAUUUAGAGAUGAAUACUUAAUAUCAUAUAAUUAUAGAAGUGGUACUAUGAGAUUAGCAAUUAUAAAUAAAAUAAUAAUGGAUUCUUAUUUAUUAUCAUAAAGCAUUCAUUCAAAUAAAUUAAUAAAGUGA